AUGAUUCACCCUUGUGUGGAUCCACCUUUAUGUCAUUGUUGUCAGAAACAAGAGUUGUCUUUCUUUGAUCCAGGAUGUCCAGACUGUCGAGAUAUCUUGUUAAACCCAAACACUACAGUACCAGAAAUAUUUGCUAUUCUACGCCAAUGGACACCACAGACCCAACAUAACAUAGAACUGCUUGUGAAUGAGAUAAUAAAAAGGGGUGCUAAUAUUAAUGAUCGAGAUGGGUUAACAGAUAUGACAUUAUUACAUUAUGCUAGUAAAUCUGGUGCAGCAGGAAUGGGUGAUGCUGAUCUAGCAGCUAAAGUUGUAUCCUAUCUUCUAUCAGAAGGUGCUGAUGUUAAUAUUCGUUGUAGAUGGACCACUAUGACAGCCUUACAUUAUGCUGCUUACUUUGAUGUUGUUCCUGUUAUUAAAGUUCUACUUAAAGCCACAAAUGCAUUGGAUAUUGAUAGUCCUUGUGCAGAGUUUGACCAAGGUACAGUGUUACAUAUAGCCGCAUCUAACUUAGCUCACGAAGCUAUCAAAGUUUUACUACAUAAUGGAGCUAAUCCCAGUUUACAAGAUGAUCUCAAUAGAUUACCAGUUGAUUGUGUACCUGAUUCUAGUAGUUUUGACCAAAGUUCUGAUAUGGCUAAAUUAGCAGUGAAAGUUAAAAAGACAUUAUUAGAAGCUACUCCAGUUUGCCCUAAACAGCCACCACCUAACUAUGAUUUAAUACAAAGUAAAGUGACAUUACAAGCUUUAGGAUUAAAGUUAGGUGAUAAUAUAGUGGUUGGGGGAACAAAGACAGGGACACUACAAUAUUGUGGACCAACAGAAUUUGCGUCUGGUGUAUGGGCUGGUAUCGAGUUAGAUGAACCUGUAGGGAAAAAUGAUGGUUCCAUUGGUGGAAUUUCUUAUUUUAAAUGUCCUCAAAAUCAUGGUAUAUUUGCCCCAAUAAAUAAAAUCUCUAAACCUGGUGCAGUCAAUGCGAUAUCAAGAUCUAUCAAUGGGUCACCAUUAAGGUCCCUAUUCAAACCAGCUGUAGUAAAAGUUGAUCAUGUGACAGCUAAAGUAGAUACAGGUAGGUUUAAGCCUAAAAAGAUGUCUUCCGAUGUUCAAACGAGACUUAUGGACGCUGAAAGAUAUUUCCGAAAGGCUUGUGAACAAAUUGUGCAGUUAAAUAGACGUUUGGAUGAAAUGGCGAAGCGUUAUGAUAAAGCCAGUCGUGAAAAUCAUAGAUCGACAAUGAAAUUUACUAUAGCUGCCCCCAGUGCAUGUUAUUUAAUCACUGUAUGGAAUUAUUCUUAUCUCUCUGCAGGAUUAAGUAAAUCUAGAGCCUCAUCAAUUGGUGAUUUAGGUGAUAUAAAUCUAGAAGAGAGGGUUAUAGUAGCAGGACAGAGAAAGGGAACUGUCAAAUUUAUUGGCGAAACAAAAUUUGCUUCAGGUACAUGGUAUGGUAUAGAAUUAGAUAAACCGGCAGGAAAAAAUGAUGGCUCAGUAUCUUGUGAAAGGUAUUUCACUUGUCAACCUCGCCAUGGCGUCUUUGCACCACUUUCCAGAAUUCAGAAUUCCAAUGAAUCAUUAGAUACUAUUAGUUGGGGUGCUGUUUCAGAAAGACUGGACAGAAAAUCGCUAGGUACUCAAUCUUUCAACUUACUUCCAUGGAGCUUUACCCAAAGUUCUGAUUCCAAGGCCAGUGCUUUUGACAGUUGGCAAUGUUCUAGUAUAAGUUUAAAAUUAGAAGUCAAUAUGAGUGUUUUGUGUAAUAAUGAAUUAGGCGUUAUAAGGUAUAUUGGACCUACAGAAUUUGGUGAUGGUAAUUGGUUAGGUGUUGAAUUAAGAACAGCUAAAGGGAAGAAUGAUGGAAGUGUACAAGGAAAGAGAUAUUUUACUUGUCGUCCUGAUCAUGGUUUGUUAGUCCGACCUAGUCGAGUCUCUGUUCGUGGUAUUAAUGGUGCAAAAUUAAUGGGUGAUAAUCCUGCAGACACUCAUACUAAUGGUGAUUCACCAGAACGAUUUUAAAUUACUUUCAGGAAUUGUCUAGUCUUUAUUCUAUAUUUUUACAAUGUCAUGCUUGUUUCCACCUAGCCAAGAACAGUAUCCAGUGAAAAUUUUCAAUAAUGUUUGUAAAUCAAAUUUUACUGAGUAUUAUUUUGUGGAAUAUCAGCUUCAAAAGAAAGAUUUUAGAUUGACUUGGUCUUGGUGCAAUGCAUUUAUUGUGAAAAUAUUUUUUUAGUUUACUGUGUCAAUUUAUUGCCAAAAAUCUCCUUUAUUUAAAAGUUUCUAUUAAGUUAUGUUCUUGAAAUAUAUUUAGAAACACAAGAACUUGGAAACAUGCAGCUUGAUGUUCAAUAAAUAUAUAUAAUAAGGUUUGGCAUUUUCUUGAAAUGAAUUUGUGGCUUGUUGCUUGAAUUUGACCCUUGUCAAAAAUAACAGGAAUAUAUUUGAUGUAAAGUGCCAAGGAUAACUAAAAUUGAGCAAUUAUUCAGAUGAUUAUGUCCUUUCAUUUUGUACCAACCUUUAUUGUAUGUAUGUCUAAUUGCAAGCGACAUUCUUAAAGCACAAAACAGAUAUAAAAAAUAUAUAUGGUGGCUAAUAACAUUGGAUUAAUCUAUAUCAGUCUAGUUUAUCAAUGGUUUCAGGGAAUUAUAUAUAUACAUAUAUUUAGUCACAAAUAAACAUCUCGCUUAUUAUUGUAAUGCAAUCUAAUUACAACUAUAUUUCUUCACUUUUUCUAUGUUUCUAUCCAGAUUUAUUAGCCAUCAUUAAAGGUAUAUACUAACUCUUAGGAUGACCAAAUAAUUGAAAGUUUUAAAACUUGGUAAAAAUGAGUCUUUGUUCAUCAGUGAACUUACCUGGUGUUUAAACUAUACAAAAGUAUUCCUAUAUAAUCCAAUAAAUCCAUAAAACUAAGUAAUAAGUCAUUAAACUUUGUAAUUAUAAAACAAGUUUAGAAGCAUGUUUCAAUAAUUAUUGAGUUUAAUAGAUAUAUUGCCUUAUAUAGAGAUUCUAUUCUUUAGUCAUGACACCUAGUAAGUCCAACUGAUGAAUAUAUACACUUGUUGAUCAAGUUUGAGACUUUAAAUUUGAUGUCCAAUCUAAGAGGAAGUAUCCUUUUAAAAAAAUAUAUUAUAAACAAAAUAUGUCUCAAAUCAAAACAUUCUAAUGGCAAUAAUAAAUAGUCAUAUCAUAUAACAUUCGUUAUUGAGAAUAGAACUCCAAUUUAUAUUCUUUUUUUAUUUUGUCAUCUCCAUCAAAAAUCAUCCAAUUUAUAAUGCUGCCAAAAACCACUGUAUUAUUUGUCUAUAGAGCUAUGGUUAGUUGAUAAUAUUUAUGUACAAUGUCUCAUUGCAGUAUAUGUUCAAUCAAAAAGAUAUGAAUGCAUGUAGCUGAAUAAAAUUGUAGAUAGUUAAUGUAGUAAUAGACAGAAUAAGUCUAGCUUGUUUAGUUUCAAUUUCUAUUUUUUUUACCCAAAAAUGAAGUGGACUUUUCAUGUUUAUUUUUUGAAUGGGACUCAGAUGUGCAAAUACAUAAUGUAUAUUUUUGUUUGUCUGUAUCUAUGUUCAAUUAAAACUUUAAGAAGUCCACACACAGAAUUGGCUUCUUCAGUACUGAUUAACUGAACUUGAGGAAGAAUAAAAGUAAUUUAUCAAUGCUAGUCAGUAAUAGUGAUCACUGCAAAAUUUGAACCUUCAAAUCCAGUAAGUGAAAUUCCUAGUUUGAAGGAAUUAUUCAUACAUUUCUACAAGACUAUUAACAUACAUUCAAGACCUAAAUCAACCCCAAAAAUAGCGCAUCUGUCCUUUUCAUGGACAAUGAGGACUGUAUUGUAUGUUUGUACAUAAGUAUUGUCAACUGAACAGUAAGGUAGUUAUGUAAUGUUUUGUAUAUUUAUGCAUGUUUUCAAUUAGAAUCUAUAUCUUAUAUCAAAAUACACCCUCAUAGAGCUUUCUACUAGUUAUAUAUAUAUAUACUGUGAUUAUAAAAAUCUUGCCUAUGUCCAACAAGUAUUAAUAUACAACAGUUCUAGUUCACCAAAAUAAUUGUAUUUUUGAAAUGUUAUAUCUUGGCUGUAUUGAGAAUUAAUGUAAGAUUAUCUGAUGUUCCUUCUACUGUGAAAACAGUAUUUUUUGUGGUGGAUCAAUUGUCAUGGAUAGGUCGGCCUUGGAACACCAAAAAUAAGGAAUCCAUGUUGUUUGAUACCCCCAAAAAAUUAAAGUUUUCACAGUAUUUGUGUUUAACGAAAUAUGUUGAUCUGAUUUUUAUGCAGAUGUUUGUGUGUGAUUUUGCCAAGUUUUGUCUAAAUUUUAUAUUUUAUCCAGUGAAAUGAUAACUAAUUGUUAUAUCAUAUUUCUUUUUUGACUAUAGCAAUAUCAAGAUUUUAUUGUCAAUGGAUUUAAAAGAGGUUUCAUAUCACCUCAGACAAUUCUGGCAUACAUGUAUGUGGUUCUUGAAGUGCUGGUAAAAUUUGCCAGAUAAUGAUAUCACAAACAUUAUGCAUGGCACUGGUACCACAGAUGUCUGAAAGGAAUUAUGAUAAAAAUAGAGAUUGUAAAGAGGUCUUCUAAAUUUUUUCUGUGUAUGGGGGACACUGAGAAUCAAUUUGCACUAUUUCAAUUUUAAAUCAGCAAUUUCCAUAAAAAUACAUCACUAACACAUAAGUGAUGUCCAACACUUACUUUUAGUGAAACUUAAAUUGAAAUGUUGCUAUCAGUGUCCCCGAUACACAUAAAAAACCUCUUCACAAUCCUUGGAAACAAAAAGGCUCAAUAAACCUCUUUAGAAUCCCUGUAAUGUACAUUGUCCGUCCACAAGUAAUCAUGGAUAUUAAUAAGAUUCUAUUAAAUCUAGUUAAGGUGUCUAUGAUCAUGACAUAUAUUUACCGUAAUGACUGUUAUAAUGUUUAUCAUAAUACUUUGUGUGUAGGUCUGCAGGCAGGCAGCUUAUAUUUUCUUAAUAAAACUUACAUCAACCUUGC